AUGUCCGACCGCGAGCAACCUUACGACCCCUACAUCCCGUCGGGAGGCAACAACAAUACCGGCGCAAGCCAGCAGGGCGGCAACACUCGUACUGCAGCGCUCCAGGCCGAAAUCGACAGCACCGUUGGUAUUAUGCGCGAUAACAUAAACAAGGUUUCAGAGCGUGGGGCACGCCUCGAUACCCUUCAAGACAAGACAGACAACCUCGCUGUUUCAGCUCAAGGGUUCCGCCGAGGCGCGAACAGAGUGCGAAAGCAGAUGUGGUGGAAGGACAUGAAAAUGAGAAUGUGCUUGAUUGCCGGUAUCAUCAUUCUCCUUGUCAUCAUCAUCGUUCCAUCCGUUGUGGCUACUCGCAAGAAUUAAUGAGGCUUAUCUGUCACUUUCAUCGUUGUCGUACUCUACCUGUAUCUUACCUACCCCUAUUCACCGGCUUGCGAAGGGCAACGACCUGAAAGACCCCGAGAGCUCACACCAAGGGGUCUUUGGAUAUCUCGUUAUGGCCUAGGCGAAAGGAGCAUAUGGGGGUUUCUCUAUCAGCCACACACAUUCGACUGGGACCGUAGUAGUGGUAAAACUACGAGCCAAAAUAUGUGUACCCAAUCCUCGGUAUCCAUUUCAUGAUUUUAAUGGGAAUGCAAUCAAUUCUAUGACAUGUGCCAAUAGCAACACUAAUAGGGACCCGUAUCCACACCCCCAACCCCUUCCUCAGACACUUACACAUAUGAUUGUAUCAUAGUGUCCAUUGUGAUAUUGCAGAAGAUGUCGAAAUUAUAUACAUGGCAGAUAAUUGUGGCUGACAGGAAGAAUGAGAUACAGUACACGC